AGCGAACCCGCCUUUUCCUAUUCCACGUAGCGCUCACCUUCCCUCUCUCUCUCCCUUUCUCUCUCUCUCUCUCUCUCUCUCACUAAACAGGGGGGAGAGGGCCAAAAAUUGGGGCAGAGAUGGCGGAGAUCUACCAACCGGAGGCCAUCCCCAAGGUGGUCACCUACCUCUCCUCCCUGUUGCAGAGAGUGGCGGAGGCCAACGACUCGUCGGCCGCCACCCUCACUUCCCCCACUUCGCCGCUGGAUUCGGUCCCUCCGCCUCCCCAGAAGGUCUCCGUCUUCCACGGCCUGUGCAAGCCCGUGAUCUCCAUCCAGAGCUACCUGGAGCGUAUUUUCCGCUAUGCCAAUUGCAGUCCAUCCUGCUUCAUUGUCGCCUACAUCUACCUCGAUCGCUUCGUGAGCCGUCAGCCGGCCAUCCCCAUCACCUCCUACAACGUCCACCGCCUCCUCAUCACCAGCGUCUUGGUCGCAGCUAAGUUCAUGGACGACCUGUAUUACAACAAUGCAUAUUAUGCGAAAGUGGGUGGGAUCAGCACCCAAGAGAUGAACUGUUUGGAGAUUGAUUUCCUCUUCGGAAUUGGGUUCCAAUUGAAUGUCACGCCUUCCACCUUCCACGCUUACUGCAAGUACUUGCAGAGGGAGAUGCUAGAGUUUGAGUCCGCCAGUCUUGGCGCUUGUAUACAGAGGCCCCUCAAGAUCCAUGGCCGCUUCCCUUUCUCUUCUCCCAGCUCUGAUGAAUCCAAUUCUCAGAGUACCCAACAGUUAGUUGCUUGCUGUACAAACAAGUCUGUGUAAAUAGACAGCUUAUGGUUAUUGAUUCUCUCUUUUCUUC